AUGUCUAGCUAUGGUUACACCAACCAGGGUCUCUGUGAAUCUGAGAAGCCUACCUCAAGAGUGCUUCGUCCCCCCGGUGGUGGUGGUUCCCUCAACAUAUUUGGAGGGGGAGGUGACCCAUCUCCUGCCAAAAGCAAGCCUCAACCAGUGAAACAGACCCCACCUCCCCCCGUGGCAAAGCAACCAGUAAAACAGACUCCACCUCUGCCUGUGAAACAAACCCCACCUCCUCCUGUGGCCAAACAGCCAGUGUCUACCAUCAUCAACCCCAGUCCGUCAUCAGCAGCUACAGAGCGGACUACACCAGCGAAACGCACCUCAACCAAGGUGCAUGCUCCUCCUGGUGGCAAGUCGAGCUUCUCUUUCUAUUGA